CAACAAAACAUUCACAGAGCAAAUGACAUACCAUUGGCCGGAAAGUAUGCCGGCGACCCUCAAAAAGGCCGUCGAGGAGCUGAUUCUUGGCCGGGAAUUCGCAUACCAACUAUGGGAAAUGGUGAAGAACGGCCGUGGGCAUGGCUAUGCCGAUGAUCAUGGACCGCCGGAGUUGUCUAUUAGCGUUGCAAAGGAUCUGGUGGAGAAGAUUUUGGGAUCUUUUUGUGAGAGUAUUUCCAUUCUUGGGUCAUUGGACCCCGCCGAGGUUUCUCCGGCAGCGCGGCUGCGGCCAUCGUCGCCGUCGAUGGACCGCCGGAAGACGGAGGACUACGGUGGAAGGUGCAAGACUUCAUCACUCAAAGAUGGUAGAGGCUGUUACAAGAGAAGGAGGAAAAGUGAGACAUUAAUUAAAGAUUCCCAAACUUUGCUAGAUGAUGGGUAUGGGUGGAGAAAAUAUGGACAAAAAACUAUCCUUCAUUCCCUAUAUCCAAGGCAUUACUACAGGUGCACCCACAAAUUCGACCAGAAUUGCCAAGCAACCAAACAGGUGCAAAGGAUUCAGGAGAGCCCUCCCCACUACCGCACCACAUACAUAGGCAAUCAUACGUGUACAGAAUUCCUAAAAUACCCCCCGGUUAUCAACCAUCCUACCUCAUACAUGGACUCCUCAACCCUAGACUGUCUAGGACAAAACGGUCAAAGUGACCAGGGCGAGCCCCUUUCUCCUCUUACAAAACAGUUGCCUGAGGGUUUGUACCAGGCACAUAACAAUCAUCUGAAAUCGACAUUUGGAUUAGUGUCUUGCCAUAUGCGGCCUGCAAUGUCUUCAGGGUUGGGAUACAGAGAAUUGAUAUCUUCUGGGUGCACCUAUGAUUUGACUACGCCACAUAUCAUGGCCACUGCUGAUAUGGAUGAAUUGACUUUCGAAAAUUUGCAGGAACUGUGCUAGCCCCACCCCCACACAUUUUACAUGUCGGUGGAUGUAAUUCAACGGGUAGAUAAUGAGUGGCAUAAGGGGUGAACUUGGAUUCGAUUCUUGGCAACUAGAGGUUUCUAUGUCAAGCUAUAUAGGGCCUCUGCAAGUAUAUGAGUCAGAGUCUCACUCACGAUUUGUCAUGAUUAAAGUUCAAUUUACAUCCUCCGAGUUAACUGUCCGUCUUGUGCUGUAAGACCUUCACGGAUGGAGUGUCAUCCUUUUUUUGUAAGUUAUAUACUCCGUACAUGUCUACUAUUGAUCUUAUAACUUUGAUUACUUAGAGAUCAAAUUUUGCAACAAUUUUGUCCACGCUAAUGGGUUUUUCAUUGGAGCAGACUGUUUCCGAUAGAAAACUUAUUGCCUGCGGCGGCAUUUCAGAUCAAAUUUUUGCUGGAAAUUGUAUGUUCCGAUGUGAAAUCACUUAAUGUGGACAAAUUCAUUAGUUAUAAGACAUGAUCUCUAUGUAAACAAAGUUAUGACACUAGUAACAGACACAAACAAGUUACGAAAUUAAUUAAAUACUAUCGGGUAUUCUC